AUGGCAACACAACUAUGUAGAACAUUUAUAUACCGAAAUUCUUCAAUAUUAUCGUCAUAUUCAAAUCAUUCACAUAUAAGUGAUGCUGAAUGGAUAACAAAUAGUAUAUCAUUAAUAAUAUUUGUUCUUGCAUUUAUUGGAAAUACAGCAGCACUCAUUGUUAUGUUUGGUUCGAGAGGUCCAAUACGAUUAACCAAUAGCAGAUAUUUAGCUAAUUUAGCAUGUGCAGAUUUAUUACGAGCAUGUUUUAUGCCUUUUACUAUAAUAGCAAGAAUGAAACGAAAUUUUAUGUUUGGGAAAAUGAUCUGUAAAAUUUUACCCAUUGUUCAAGGUUUAAGUGUAGCUGUGGAUGUUUUUACUCUUGUUUGCAUAAGUAUUGAACGUUACUUAGCCAUAUGUCGUCCAUUACUUAUAUUAAAACUUCAAUCUAUUCGAUUUUCUGAUCUUCUCAAUGCUUUUAUCUUACUAUUAAUAUGGUCAUUAGGUUUUCUGAUAGCAUUACCAAAUUUAUAUAUGUAUAAUUUAUGUUCUUUACCAAAACCAGGACGCUUUAAAUGUGAAAAAACAUCACCACAAGAAUUCGAUGAACAAAUUUACAUGAUUGCCUUAGAUGUUUUUUAUUUUGUGAUACCAAUGGUUGUCAUGAUUGCUCUUUAUACGUUAAUUAUUCGGAAAAUGUAUAGAAAUAGUACAGCAAUACAAAUGAGAUCAUUUAAAAAUAUUAAUCCAAGUAAAAUUCCAUCGAAUUCUUCAUCUCCACAAUUACUUUCAUUUCGAAGACGUUCUCGAAAUCGCUCAGAACAUAUGGAUUUCAUCGAAAAUAAUAGAAGAGAUUCAUCAAUUUUAGAAAAAUUUGUCCGACAAUUAUUAUUUCGUAGUAGUCUUAGAUCAAGAUCAAAUUUUACUGAAGAAGAUCAAGUACAACAUCCUACAUUAGACAUUUCACGCAGAAAGCAACAAUUGAAUGAAACGGAUACCAUAUCUCAACGUGCAUCUCAAGAAAUUCAUUAUCAAAACGACAACAUUAUGAAAAAUGCUUUUCAACGAUUAAGUUUUAAAAAAACUAGCAUUAGUUUACAACGCUAUUCAUCAUCACAUGGUAUGCAUCGUAUGGAUCGUAGUCGUCGUAAAGCGCUUCAACUUUUAAUAGUAUUAAUAAUGGAAUUUUUUAUUUGUUGGACACCCUUAUUUAUUUAUCAUACAAUCGGUACAUUCAAUAAAAACUUUUAUCGCUCAACACCCAAUAUUUAUCUUGAUUUAAUACUUCUGUUUUCAUUUGCAUCUGCAUCAUGUAAUCCAUUAACUUAUUAUUUUAUGUCUAAACGCUAUCGAUCAGCUUUAUAUGCUUAUUUACGAUGUUCUGAUCUUAACCAUAAUCAACAAAGUUUUACUAAUAAAAAACAACAAUUACAUUCUAUGAAAAAUGUUUUACAUUCAAACCAAAAAGAAAAUUCUCCUAAUCUGAAACACAAAGGACAAGUAGAUAUUGACGUUUCUCCACAUGAUCGAUUAAGAUCUAAAGCAUACUGA